AUGGCGGAGCUGCCGCUGCCCGCCGGGCUCAGCGCCAGCACCUUCCCCGCCAAGCUGUGGCGCCUGCUGAACAGCCCCCGCGUCCGCUCCGUGCGCUGGGACAGCCGGGCCCAGGGGCUGCUCAUCGACCGCUGCCUCUUCGAGCGGGAGCUGCUCAGCCCGGGCCACGCCCCCGGGGGCGGUGGCGAUGGGGCGGGGCCGGUGCCGCGCACCUUCCGGGCCACGCGGUUCCGCAGCUUCGUGCGGCAGCUCUACCGCUACGGCUUCCGCAAGGUGCCGGGCUGGCUUGGCGCGGCUGCGCCGGGCGAUGCCGGGGGCUGGCUGCACUACAGCAACCCCUGCUUUCGCCGCGACCGCCCCGACCUCCUGCUCCGCAUCAGGCGCCGGAGCGCGGCCGACAGGCAGCAGCCGGCGGCGGGCCAGGAGGGCCGCAGGCGCCCGCCCUGCGGCUCCCAGCAGCUCCCCGGGGCGCGGCCGCUGCCGGACGGGCGGCACGGGCGCAGUCGCUUCCAGCCGCUGCCCCGGGAGCGGCCGCCGCUGCCGCCCGGGCGCCCGCCCAGCGGCUUCCUCCUGCUGCAGCGGGAGCGGACGCUGCCGGACGGGCGGGAGCUGCGCAGCCCCCGGCCCGGCCGCCUCCAGCAGCGCCCCGGGGAGCGGCCGCUGCUCGCCCGGCGCCCGCCCUGCGGCUUCCACCUGCUGCACAGGGACCGGCCGCUGCCGGCCCGGCGGGAGGGGCCAAGCCGCUUCCAGGAGCUCUACGGGGGGCAGCUGCCUGGCGUCGACUGGGAGGUGCUCAGGCUCCAGCCCUGCAGCUUCCAGCAGCUCCACAGGGAGCAGCAGCCCCCGGCCUAUGACCCACGAGCCACCCUGGGCACUUCAGCGCCCAGCGCUCCACCUGACAGUGCAGGUUGGGCAGCAUCGAUGACCUCCAGCUCAACCCAGAAUGCACCUGAGGAAGAGGGAUGGACACCAGCAGAUCCGGCCUUGCAGUAGAGGAAAUGAUUCGGGAGAUCAGGAGGUCCCUGUCUGAAAGAUCUCCCUCUGCUCAGGGCCAAAGAUGAUUAAGAUUUCUGAAGUUUUACAAAACAGAGCUGCAAAUGUCACAGAAAGCACAGCAAAGAUGAAGGCUUAAUCACCCUGAAAAAACCGUCUCUUGCUGAAGUACCCAUAGAAUCCCAGCUUGAUCCAGACUGCACUGAGAGCACCUUACCCUGUCCAUGAGCCAUCCUGGAAAUACAGAGCAUGCCAGCCCCAAGUCUGGUUCUAGUGCCUGUUCUUAUGCACAAUUGUCUCCAAAAUCUGCAGCAGCACAAGCCAAGAAUUUCAGAAGAGUCACAAGGAGUGAGGAAGGAUUAUGGAAGAGUCUGGGAACUGCUUUCCUCAAGCCUCAAAAGAUUCAGUAUCCAACCUUUUUUUUUGUGCUGGGUAAUACUGGUCUGGCUUCCUUGCAGCUUCCCUGCUUCUCAUUUUAUGAGGCACUUGGCAGUUGUGUGAAUUAUCUCUUUAUUUUUGCAGUUUUGGUGUGUACUUAGCAAAAUUAGAUGGCCAUUAAGUUUAUAACACCACAAUAUACUUAGUCUGCGGAUUGUAACUCUUACUAUUGAUUUCAAUGAACAAGGAAAUCUAGUGCAAGGAGGCUCAGAACUUUGUAUUUCCUUAUCUCAAAAUGCCUACAAGUCUACCAGAAUCCAAGUCAUCUUUUAAAAUUAGGUGUGAUGGUCUGAAUUUGAAACCCUGCCUCAGAAAUUCCUAAGUUUCUGUAAGGGGAUGUGUGGCUGCUGCAGAAUUAAAUCCAGCAAGCUCAUACAGCCCUGGAUUAUUUUAAGAUCGAGCUAAUGAGACAAUACAAGAACUUAGUUAUGUUGUUUGUUGAACAAGCCUUUAAAACCAGGCAAGAUUGGCACCAUAUAAGAUAAUAGCAAAGUUUCCUACCCAUCUGAGUGCUGAUGUUUUUGUGCAGAGUAUGAAGCCAUUGUUCUCCAAUGGCUUAAUAGUGGGAAAAAAUAUGCACUUUUGGACCUAUGUAAUUAUUAUUUCUUACACAUCUUCCUUACACUUUGAAGAAAAAAAAAAAGACAUUUCCUGAGGAUAGCAUUUAAUGUCAGUCACCAGCAACCACUGAUGUCUCCAAGACUAGCAAUUCAAACUCUGCAGAAAUAAACCAAACAGCUCUGUCACAGAAACACUUAAAAUAGUUUUUUCUCUAAUUUUAAACCAAUGAAAGCCUUAUAUCAGUGUGAGUUUGGGUCAUCCCAAUGGGAACAUAUUCAUCUGCACUCUACAAUUAUGCAUCAGACAACCAAAGCAAAUACAUAACAAGUCACAUAAACUGACAAAAAACUAAAUCACAAAAACUGCUUUUUUUCAAACUUGUUUAGAAAUGGUUUGCACCUUCAUAUAUUUGUUUUGGCCCUGAAAUGUAUGCAAUAACAAUAUUCCAUUUUAAACCCACUCUAGUCAAGAAAGGAACUGUUAAUGUAUCACAGUGACGACUGAGCAAUUACCUCUUGGUUAAUCCCAAAUUUAUGGUAAUGAGUUUGUAAAAAAUAUUGUCCAAAAUAAUUUCUAAAUAAUAGUCACAACACAGCUGGCCAUAAGUUCAGCUGUGCUUAUUCUCCAUUCUGUAUUUGAUCCCUCACUGUUAUUUGAAUUUCUCUGUUAAUCCCCAGCUCAAUGGUGGCUGAAGGAUCUAGUGUGCACAGUUUGAAGAAUCAAUUUAUAAGGUGAUAUAACUUGCUAAUUUCUGCAUUUUUGGCUUAUGACUAUAAAUGCUACAUGGGGAAUUUUUUUCCUGCAUAAAAACAUUUCUGUGCUUGUUCUUUCUAUUGAAGUUUAUGUCAUCUUGUUCAUAAAAUGACUCUCAUGUCAAAAAGCCUGCUGGCUUUAGUUAAUUUUUCUUCCAUUAAAAUUGCUUCCAAACUUCAUUAGAG